AGAGAGACAAAAUCCCCAACUCCCAACUAGGACGGCUCCCACUUUGUUCCAAAGAUAAUAAGUAUCAACUCGAACAAAUUCAACUUCAUUUCAAUUGCUUACACCAAAAAUCCAUGGCAUCUGAACAGCACAUUUCCAACACCCAAAAACGAUGGAGUCUCCAUGGAAUGACAGCCCUCGUCACCGGUGGCACCAAAGGAAUCGGAUUCGCCAUCGUUGAAGAGCUUGCUGAAUUUGGUGCGACGAUUUAUACAUGUUCGAGAAAUGGUCCCGAGCUUAGUGAAAGGCUGAAAGAAUGGGAGGCCAAAGGGUUUAAGGUGAAGGGGUCAGUUUGUGAUUUGACUUCAAAAACUCAGAGAGAAGAACUCAUCAAAAAUGUCUCUAUCGAAUUUGAUGGAAAGCUCAAUAUCUUGAUAAACAAUGCUGGAAUAAGUUUACUGAAGCAUGCUUGUGAUCACACUGCUGAAGAUUUUGAUAGGAUAAUGUCUAUGAACUUAGAAUCUCCUUAUCAUCUCUCUCAAUUGGCUUAUCCUCUUCUGAAAGCAUCCGGAUCUGCAAACAUCGUUUUCAUCUCUUCGGUCGCUGGUGGCUUUGCCCUCCCGGCUAUGUCGGCUUAUGCUGCUUCCAAAGGUGCAAUAAAUCAACUAACAAAGAACUUGGCGUGCGAGUGGGCCAAGGACAAUAUCCGUGCCAACGCUGUUGCGCCAUUUGGUGUUAAAACCAGUAUUAUCAAGCCUGAGGAGGUGGACGUAUCGAUUCUGCAGACGUUGGCGCCAUUGAUGGCUCGAACGCAUGUCAACCGAAUGGCUGAAGCAGAUGAAAUUUCACCCUUGGUUGCAUUUCUGUGCCUUCCUGCUGCUUCUUACAUUACUGGUCAAGUUAUUUAUGUUGAUGGAGGCUUCACAGCAGGCUGUUAUUGAUGGACUAAUAUUUUGCUUCUAAUUCCUCCAAAUUUCAUGUUUAUGGCAUGACACCAUAUAAUAAUACAUGACUUCAUGGAUUUGCUUGCA